AUCUAGGCCACGUCAUGGACAAGCUAAACGAUCAUCUGCGCAUCUCGGCAAACAUUUUGUACUGCAACGAGAGCCAGAAGCUGUUGAAUUGGGAGUCGGAGUACCUGCACAAGGCGGAGAUCACACGAAUGAUCUACACCUCGGGGGCAGCUCUGAACUCAACGCAACUGCAGCUGCACAUAGGAGACGGGAGUCAGCUCUUUAUUGUGAUCAGCACAGAGCCACCGUACGAUCUCUUGCAGGUGCUCGAGCUGCGCUUUCAGCACGCCGACUUUCUCAUCGUCACAGACCAACCGAUCGAACAGGACACGUGGCUGGCCUUCGUGCAGUACGCCUUUGAGCAGGGCUAUGUGCGCCUCCUGCUGUACACCGCCUCUGAUGGGGGAGUCUACGGGAAAACGCUGUUCCCCUACGUACGGAUAGAUCCAACCACCGUGGAGGAGUACCUGCGGUACAGGGGCACGCUCAAGAAUCUGCACGGAUAUCCGGUGCGAGUGGCAGCCUACAAGAAUGUGCCGCGCAGCUUCAUGUACGUGAAUGCUUGGGGCAGGACGAUCUAUGCGGGCUUCUACAUGCGGUUUGUGCGCGCCUUUCUGGACUCCAAGAAUGCCAGCUUCGUGCCCGUGCACACGCCCAGCGACUCGCCGGGCAACUGCACCCUCGUGCUGCACAACGAAACGGUGGACAUAUGCGCCGAUUCGCUGGCAGCCAAUCCCCAGAUGUUCAGCCUCACCUAUGGCUUUCGCAUCGCCUAUGCCAAUGUAAUGGUGGCCCAUGCCAAGCCACUGCUCUCGUACCGCUACCUGGAGGCGCCGUUCCAGAACAGUGUCUGGCUGUGCCUGGUGGCGUAUGUCCUGCUGAUCGUCAGUUUCCUCAGCUGCCUGCACUGGCAGCAGUACCGCAGAUGGGACUUCAGCAAGUAUCUAUUGGAGGUGUUCAGCUCGCUGCUCUUCGCAGGCUUCACACUGCAAUCGAUACGCGGGCGGGAGCGCUACAUACUCUUUGGGGUGAUCUUCAUGACGGGCUUUGUGUACUCCACGAUGUACUUGGGGCUGCUGAAGAGCAUGCUCAUUUCGGAGGUGUACGAGCCGCAGAUCAACACCUUUGAGCAGCUGGUGGAGAGCAAUAUCACACUGCUGGUGGAUCCCUACGAUCGCAUUCUGUUCGCCAAGUACAACAUGCCGGAGGUGCUGUGGUCCGUGGUCGAGACGGUGACAUUUGAGACGCUGCUGCACCAUCGGAAUCGCUUCGACCAGCGCUACGCCUACGUUCUCUUCACCGACCGCAUGGACCUGUACGAGACGGCACAGCUAUUUCUGCGGCAUCCUCGUCUGCGUCGCAUACCCAUCAACUUUGCCUUCCUGUUCACCGGCAUUCCCAUGCGCAAGCGCUGGUUCCUCAAGGAGCAUCUGAGCACGGCCUGGUACCAUGCCUUCGAGAGCGGACUUACGCGGAAACUGGCCCAGGAUGCCAACAACGAGGCGAUGAGCGUGGGACACUUGCACUACCUCAUCACGGAGCACUUGGAGGCGAAGCCGCUGGAUCUAGAUUAUUUCGUUAUGCCCACAAUUGCGCUCGCACUCGGCCACAGCCUGGCCCUCAUCAGUUUUGUCAUCGAGUUGACGGCCUGGCGCAUGUGCCGCUCCCGCGAGCAGGUCUAACUGCAAAGUCUGCAGAUGUUGAAGAGGACUUUUGCCAUGGAGUGAUGUUGAUUGAU